AUGCUUCGGAGGCAGCUUCUCACUCCUCCCCGAUCCAUGUGUCUCCGCUACUCAUCCACUUCCACCUCGGAAAACAUUGUUCUCCCCCGCCUGCAGUCCGACCUCAAGACGGCCAUGCGCGCAAAGAACAAGCCUGCCCUGAACGCAAUUCGUGCUCUGCAAGCCGAGAUUAUAAACGCCUCAAAGACUGCCAAGCCAAUCACUACUGAUGGAGCCCUCUACUCCCUCAUCCAAAAGCAGAUCAAGUCCUCUUCGGCCUCAAUUGAAGAAUUCCGGAAUGCAAAGAGGGAGGAUCUGGUUGAAAAGGAGCAGGCGCAUUUGGACGUACUGAACGGAUAUGCUAAAGAAAUCCCGACAGUUGAGGAGAGCGAGGUUGACGCGUUAGUGAAGAGCGUGGUUGAAGGCCUAGAGGAGGGUAAGAAGAAUUUUGGCAGCGUCAUGGGCAGAGUCAUGGGAGGCAUCAAAGGACGACCAUUUAACCUCGAGUAUGUCACAAAGAAGAUAGAAGAAGCGGUUGGGGCCAAAUAA